ACUGAAUACGUUGCCGGGCGGCCCUAGCUCCCGUAGGCCCGGUCUGUUGCUAACAUCAAGGAGCUGUUUAUGGAGCAGCCUCCCGGCGGACUCUCCUAGCGUGCCUGUGUGCCUUUCCCAACACCAAAGCUCAUGGGGCCUUCCCUCCAGGGCUCUCACCCAAACUGCGCCUGGGAAGCCUGAGCGGGGGAAUGCUAACUCCGAACUCGCCUCGCCCUCUUGCCCCGGAGGAGGGCGGUGGCAGUACUCGCUAAGACGCAGCACCGAACGGGUUAACCUCCGGGCUCACAGAUCCGACUCUUACCUCCCACGGCUACCGUCGCCCCGUCUCGUGGCGUCAUUGCCAGUUCAGUGCUCUCAUUGGUGGACAUGAGCCAGAAAUCACCAAUCCAGAAGGAGAAAAGAGGAACUCAGACUCGCGCCGCCAAUAGAGUGGACGGAGGGUCGGAGGGUCCGAAAAGGCUUCCCAAUGGGCCGUACCGUGGUCGUGCUGGGUGGAGGCAUCAGCGGCUUGGCUGCCAGUUACUAUCUGAGCCGAGCCUCCUGCCCUCCUAAGGUGGUCCUAGUGGAGGGUAGCAAUCGUCUGGGAGGCUGGAUCCGCUCAAUUCGAGGGCCAGAUGGUGCGGUCUUUGAGCUUGGGCCUCGGGGAAUUCGACCAGCCGGAGUACUGGGAGCUCAAACCUUGCUCCUGGUUUCUGAGCUUGGCUUGGACUCAGAAGUGCUGCCUGUCCGAGGAGACCAUCCGGCUGCCCAGAACAGAUUCCUGUAUGUGGGCGGUGCACUACAUCUCCUACCCACUGGCCUCAGGGGGCUACUCCGCCCUUCACCCCCCUUCUCCAAACCUCUGUUUUGGGCUGGACUGAGAGACUUGACCAAACCUCGGGGAAAAGAGCCUGAUGAGACGGUGCACAGUUUUGCCCAGCGCCGCCUUGGACCUGAGGUGGCCUCUCUAGCCAUGGACAGCCUCUGCCGUGGAGUAUUUGCAGGCAACAGCCGUGAGCUCAGCGUCAGGUCUUGCUUUCCCAGUCUCUUCCAAGCUGAGCAAAGUCAUCGUUCUGUAAUCCUGGGGCUGCUGCUGGGGACAGGGCGGAGGCCACAACCAGCUGCAGCACUUAUUCGCCAGGCCCGGGCUGAGCGCUGGAGCCAGUGGUCACUCCGUGGAGGACUGGAGAUGUUGCCCCAGGCCCUUGACAGCCACCUGACUACUAGGGGGGUCCAUGUUCUCAGAGGCCAGCCGGUCUGUGGGCUCAGCCUCCAGGCAGAAGGGCACUGGAAGGUCUCUCUAGGGGACAGCAGUCUGGAGGCUGACCACAUUAUUAGUGCCAUUCCAGCUUCAGAGCUCAGUAAGCUGCUCCCCGCUGAGGCAGAGCCCCUGGCUCACGUCCUGAGCACCAUCACUGCCGUGUCUGUAGCUGUGGUGAACCUGCAGUACCGAGGAGCUCAUCCGCCUGUCCAGGGAUUUGGACAUUUGGUGCCAUCCUCUGAGGACCCAGUCGUUCUGGGAAUCGUGUAUGACUCCAUUGCUUUUCCUGAGCAGGAUGGGAGCAUCCCCGGCCUCAGAGUGACUGUGAUGCUGGGAGGUUCCUGGUUACACAUACUGGAAGCUAGGGGCCGUGCCUUAUCGCAAGAGCUGUUCCUACAGCAGGCACAGGAAGCAGUUGCCACACAGUUAGGACUGAAGGAGCAACCAAGUCACUGCUUGGUCCAUCUACACAAGAACUGCAUCCCCCAGUAUACACUAGGUCACUGGCAAAGACUGGAGUCGGCGAUGCAGUUCUUGGCUGCCCAGAGGUUGCCCCUGACUCUGGCUGGUGCCUCCUACAAUGGGGUUGCUGUCAAUGAUUGUAUAGAGAGUGGGCGCCAGGCAGCAGCCAGCGUCCUGGGCACAGGAUCCAACAGCUGAUCCCCAGCUCCCACUCAUGAAAAUAAAAGUUGGUGGUGCUU